AGGACAUUCACCAACGCGUCUUACCGAGCAAGAAGAGGGUUUCGCCAAGAUGGCAGACGCACACGAGCAGCAGCACAAGGACUCCAAUGCAGAAAAUAAGGUUUCCAUGACCAACGAGAAAACAUUAAGAGACAGAUUCGAAGAAGUCAAAGACAUGGCCAAGAGAGUCAUGACCAACGCUAAGAUUUCCAAAUUCGAGAGAGAGGCUUUCGAAUCCAAGUAUGAGUCCUUGGAGAAGGCUCUCAAGUUGGAGAAGGCUCUCAAGUUGGAGAAGGAGGUCAAUGAGGAGAUUCUUAAGGCCGAGAAGAAGAUAGCUGAGCUGAAAAAUGAAGCUUACGCCGCUAUCAUCAGGGAAGAGGCACGCAGUAUGGGUAUGACUGACCAGCAAAUCCAGAACAGAAUACUGGAUAUCAAAUUAAAGGUGGCCUUAUACUGCUCGAGUAGACUCUUACCCCCCGGCGUCUUGUUGAUAUAAAUAGGAGAAGGAUAUGCUCCGCAAGGGCGUAAUGUGUUUGAGGAUCUUGAGGUGGACAAGGAUCGACAAGGUACGCGGGAUGAUUAUUGACUCGGUGCUUUUGAUGAGGAGGCUUAUGGAAGCACGAUGACUAGAAGAAAGCAAUUCUCACUCUUGGUCUAUCUAGUUUAUGAAUUGCAAGAAAAUUCUCGGUUCUACGAUUGGCAA